ACUAGAAUGGGCGACGAGUAUCAAGUGGUGGUGGUCGCGGGAGGCAGCUCAAAGGAUCUCUUCCCUCUGGUGUCCAAGGAUGUCCCUAAAGCCUUGCUGCCCAUCGGCAACAGGCCCCUACUCUCCUAUGUCUUGGACCUUUUGGAGGAUAGCAAUCUCAACAACGUGAGCGUGGUGGUCGCGGGCCAUGAGUCCGGUGUUAGAGUCGGCAGCUGGAUAGCGGAGGCUUAUCACGAUCGCCUGCAAGUGGAGGUUUCCACGGUCUCGGAAGAAAGUGGGACAGCGGAUGCCCUUCGCAGCGUGGCUCAUCGGCUCAGUAGCGAGAAUGUCUUGGUUGUUAGCGGCGACAUGGUAUGCGAUGUACCACUGGGAGCCAUUGCAUCAUCUCACAAGAGGCAACGAGCAGGGCUGACUGCUCUUUUGUGUCCGCGCACUCCAGGCGAGGGAUGUGAGGCCAGUGCUGGCGGUGUAGGCACCAAAGAAAAGGCCAAACAACUGGCUGCUGCCGAUGUCAUUGGCCUCGACUCUGCCCGCCACCGUUUGCUCUACGUGGCUUCCGGCUCACAGCUAGGAAAGGAAGUUAAAGUUCCGCUGUGCUUGAUGAGAGAAGCUGGCCAGGUCGAACUUCAUACUGACCUUUUGGACGCGCACCUUUACGCCUUCAACAGAGAGCUUAUGCUCGAGGCACUGGAGAGAAACGAAAAAUUCAAAAGCAUAAAAAGGGACCUGGUUCCUCACAUUGUGCGAUCUCAGCUGAAACAUGGAAGGGUGGAGGGCACAUUAUCAUGCUCUGCUUAUGUAGCUGGAAAGGCUAGAUAUUGUGCGCGGGUAAACACUAUAGAAGCGUAUGGCGACAUAAACAGAGACGUUGCAGGAGACGCGAUAUACCUCACCGGAUACACGGUAUCUGGCAUGAACAACGUAAUUCACCCGAGUGCUCAAACGGGUGCCAAGACGGCUAUUGGACCGCAAUGUAUAAUUGGCGAAGGUUCGGAGCUUGGGGAGAAAUGCAGCGUCAAGAGAUCUGUUGUUGGACGCCACUGUAGAAUUGGAUCCAAUGUCAAGGUCAUUAACUCGGUUGUGAUGAAUCAUGUAACCCUGGAAGACGGAUGCUUGGUACAAAAUUCAGUGAUUUGCAGUAAUGUUUAUCUCCAAGAGCGUGUCACCCUCAAAGAUUGCCAGGUGGGCUGUGGCUACGUCAUUGGUGUGGGUGCCGAGCAUAGAAGCGAGGCAUUAGCAAAGAAGGAAAAGGUAUGACUGGUACUAGUAUUUCUUAGGCUAAAACUCUUCAAAAUGUUAAAUUCAAUAGCAAAAAGAGGAUGUUUGUAUAUUGCUUAUUCAAAAAUUAUACUUGUUCGCGCAACA